AUGUGUCAGGUAUCUCGGCUGGUUUUACUGCUGGGUCUGCUCAUAUAUGUGGGCGCUCAGUUCUCCAACGCACAGCACUGGUCUCAUGGUUGGUACCCAGGAGGAAAGAGGGAGCUGGACUCCUACACCACAUCAGAGAUUUCAGGGGAGAUUAAGCUAUGCGAGGCAGGGGAAUGCAGCUACUUGAGACCACAGAGGAGGGGCAUCCUGAGAAACAUUUUUUUGGAUGCUUUAGCCAGAGAGCUCCAGCAGAAAAAGUGACAUCUGUGUGUCUUCACUGCUUUUCUACGUUGAG